AUGAGCCACUCUCAUCUAUCGCAAGGGAUCUCUGAUCAUUUCGAUCUCUAUUACCACACCCAUAGAGCAUUCUCCUUCUCAAUAGCUCUCUCCGUCCCCAUCAUGGCCUGUCCACUCACCGUCAGCAAAUUCGUGGGCACCGUCUCCCUCGGCCUUCUAACCGGCCUCUCCUACUCCGCCUCAGCUGUAACCAUCCCAUCUCUAUCCCUCCUGCCCACCUCCGCCAACGCAUCCCGCUCCCUCCACGAAGUAAAGCGCCUAAACCGCAAACACGGGCUCCGUCUAACUAACCUCGCCAAUGGCUGCCUCCUUUUCGCAUAUUGCGCCUCCCCGAAACACCGCAAACACCCGUACCUGAUGUGGAUGGUCGCCACCUCGAUUAUGGGAACCUACGGUGCCGACUACUUCUUCCACCGGUCGAUGGGCUUCAAGGCGUGGGUCCAGAGCUUUGUUCAGGACGUCGGCUGCGCGUCGUUCUGUCGCAAGAACACUCAGAAGAAGGAGGAGGAUCUUGUCGUCGUAGAGGCAGAGGAGAAUGUUAAUGGUGAGAGUGUGCAGCGGGAGAUGGAUACGGAGCGCAGGUUCCAGCGCGUGCGCGCUGUGUUCUCGGGUCUUGCGCUUGCGAUGGGUAUUGUUGGGCUUUGGGGGGAUAGAAAAUAG